GGGCGGGGCCGACGCAUGACGUCACUGCCGGCCGGGCGCCAUCUUUCUAGUUUGCGGCCGGCCUCGGACUCGGGGGUGGCGGUGGUGAGGGCGUGGGGAAGGGUGGGGUGUGGGGGCGAGGCGGCGACGAGGGCGGCGACACUCUCCUCCACUCUUCUGCACGGCGUGGGACGGCGCGAACGUGGUUCCGGAGGGAUGUCCGCCUUCUCUGAGGCGGCGCUGGAGAAGAAGCUGUCCGAGUUGAGCAACUCGCAGCAGAGCGUGCAGACCCUGUCCCUGUGGCUCAUCCACCAUCGCAAACACUCGCGGCCCAUCGUCACCGUGUGGGAGCGGGAGCUGCGCAAAGCCAAACCCAACAGGAAGCUUACUUUUCUCUACCUGGCCAACGAUGUCAUUCAGAACAGCAAAAGGAAGGGGCCAGAGUUCACAAAAGAUUUUGCACCAGUCAUAGUGGAGGCAUUCAAGCAUGUUUCAAGUGAAACUGAUGAAAGUUGUAAGAAGCACCUUGGCAGAGUGCUGUCUAUUUGGGAAGAGCGAUCUGUAUAUGAAAACGAUGUGUUAGAGCAACUUAAGCAUGCUCUCUAUGGAGAUAAGAAGACAAGGAAGAGGACUUAUGAACAAAUAAAGGUGGACGAGAAUGAAAAUUGUUCCUCUCUAGGGUCCCCAAGUGAACCACCACAGACUCUCGACCUUGUUAGAGCAUUACAAGAUUUAGAAAAUGCAGCCUCAGGUGACGCAGCAGUCCAUCAGAGGAUAGCUUCCUUGCCUGUUGAAGUUCAAGAAGUGUCCCUGCUUGAGAAAAUAACAGAUAAAGAAUCUGGAGAAAGGCUUUCUAAAAUGGUAGAGGAUGCUUGUAUGUUGCUGGCAGAUUAUAAUGGCAGACUGGCGGCAGAAAUAGAUGAUAGAAAGCAACUCACUCGAAUGUUAGCAGAUUUUCUUCGUUGUCAAAAGGAAGCCCUCGCAGAGAAAGAGCAUAAAUUGGAAGAAUAUAAGCGCAAGUUAGCCAGAGUUUCCCUGGUUCGCAAAGAACUCAGAGCCCGGAUCCAGAGCCUGCCAGACUUAUCUCGAUUGCCCAAUGUCACUGGCAGUCACAUGCACCUGCCCUUUGCUGGGGACAUCUACAGUGAAGAUUGACGGCCAGUCUCCUCCAAGGCCAGGACUUUGCCAGUCAUGGAGACAGGUUAGGUGAAUAGUCCUGUAGAGUUAUUUUUGUACAUUGUUGAGAGAACGGUACUAACAUUAUAAGUGACAAGGAAAAUUAUAAAAUGGUUUUAACGUUGGUUUGUUUACUAUUUUAUUAAGUUAACGUGACCUAGUUAAAAACACGUGAUUUCUGUGUAUUAAUGAGCUUAAAAUAGUGAUUAUUUUCAAAAGAUCUUUUUGGAAGUCUUGUUUUUUUGAUCCAAGGCCAUGUGAGAAAUUCCAUGUUUCUAUUUCGUCAUGCAUUUUCAAUUGCUUUUCUUUAUUUUUUUUUUCAGUAUCUAAUCACUGUACACUAUCUAAUUCCUAAUGAGAAGAACCGAUCAAGAGCUGAUGUGAGACUGUAUUAUGGUAUCGUUAGGACUUGAUUAUAGCAGAGACUAAAUGUUGCAACCUCAUCUUUACUGUUCUUACCACCCAAACAUUGGUUUUGUGUGUCCUUAUGCCUUUGAGUUAUUUAUUCCCUAGAGGUCAGUAACUUAUCAAUAGACAUGGAUGUGGUGUUUCCCCAUAGCACUACAGUAAUUCUAUCCCAAAUGCCAAUCCAGAAGAAAAGGCCUGUUAAAUAGACUCCCUUGGUUACACUGUAGAACUAAGUGCAUCUAAUACUUUGAGAAUGUUAUAAGUUUUAACACCCUACCCAGAGGCCCAGUACAGCUGACUGCUUCUGUGAUGUCAGUCAUCUUAUAUCAUUGGUCCCUUUAACAGAACACCAGCUGUGGGGGGUAAAGCAAAUGUCAGACAAUGACAUGCUUAUUCCCUCAUCCAUAGAACAUAAAAUAGCACUUAGCUUGAGUAGCUCAAGAGCUCAGUAUCCAUAAUGUUCGGUUAAGUAUCCUGGAACAUUUUAUUUACUUAAAGUUUUUGAAUAACUGUAUAUUUGGGAAUUAAGCAAUGAUAUAUACUACAGGGUAGAUGUGGUGAAUUUUAUACUUGUAUGUUUACAGAUGUAAAUACAAAUCAAGGUACCUUUACUCGACCCUGGUGGAUUAGAGCAGGUGCAUGCUCUCCAUCUAGCUUUCUUUUCAGUUACAUUGUGAACCUGGAGGUUUGUAUUUGAUUAAUGACAGGGGAUUCUUUUUCUCCUUCAUUGCUGUGCAUUUCUUAUUGUAAUCAGAAUCAAACUAGUUAGUUAAUAGAACACCUUUUAAAUUUCACCGGCCAAUUAUAUAUCGCUACACUGAAUGGCUACUCUGUUUCUUUCUCAGUAUUAGAGAUUACAGUUGAAAUGAAUUAUGUGAAGGAAUGGCAGGUAAUUUAUCUUUAAUAACAGUAGAUUGGGAAACAGUACUCUUAACAAUCUGACCUCUCUACAACACAGUUCCAUGUAUGGCAUUAUCCAUCCCCUGCAUGUCCUAUCUUCCAGUGCUUUAGACAAUUUUUGGGAGUCAGGAUACCUUUCCUCAUAGAACCAUAGCAGGUUCUCUGUGCACACCGAUGCAGCUCAGCUGGGGGCCAAAACCCCUUUACCACGGAUGCACUUAACUAUACCGUGGCUGAGGAAUGGCUCAUGGCACAUCCUGAGCAGCAUUGUCUUGUCACAGCAAUGGGUUUGUGAGCAGCAGCCAGACCCUCCCCUGACAGUGGGGCGUCUGCCAUUGCUGCUAUCUUCUCCCUAGGUGUAGGGAUGGAAGCAAGGAUUCAGCAAAGGAGGGUGGACAGAUGCACAAUACACACCCUGGUUGUGCCUGUUUUCAAAGUAUGCCAAGUAAGUUAGUUUUUGUUGUUGUUUUUGAAAGCAAAAGUUAUGUGUGUUAACUUAUUUUCAGUACCGUGAACUUAUUUAUGAUUGCUGACUUGGUGAUUUAUCCAUCUAAAAUAGAUAAGUUUUUUUUUUCCCAUUUAAAGCUAAUUUUUAAAUGGUGUACUCUUGGGAAGAUAUAAAAUCUUUUGGAAGUUUGCUGAAAUAUUUUCACCAUGAAGACAGACUUAGAUACUCUUUUGAUGCCAGUAUCUGAUCUAAAUAUUUAUGAUAAAAUGUAUUAUUUUUUUAAGGAGCUUGAUGAGAUCUGUGAUAAAUGCUAGUACUCAAAAUCCAAAUCCCCCAAAACCUCAGUUGUUAGUUCUCACUAACUGAACACAAACUGUACAGUCUGUUCUAGAAGUAAGUCUUCCAGCCUGUAGUUAACAUGGUAAGCCUUAGGAGAUAGUGUAAGUGGAGUGUGGUGGUUCACACCUUUAUCUCAGUACUUGGGAGACAGAAAUAGAUCUCUGAGUUUGAGGCCAGUCUGUUCUCCAGAGUUCUACAGAGUGAGAUUCCUGCCAUUAGUUUCAUGGUGAGACCCUGCCUUAGAAAAAAAAAAAAAAAAAAAAAAAAGAAAGAAAGAAAGAAAGAAACGGGCUUAGGUGAGGGGUAUAAAAUACCAAACUCUAAAUCAUGCACAUUUUCUCAACCAUGUACCUGAGGCAAAUUAUGAGUGUGAGAGCAACCUGUCCUGGCCCUCAGGGAAAAGUGACACAUUUGCAGCAAGGUCCUGUGCUGUGAUGGACACCGUUCCUCUUUUCUCCACAAACAGCGCAGAGAGCUGUCUGCAGUGGCAAUUUGAACAGAUUUCCCGGUACCCCCUCUGCUCCUGCAACACUACAGUAAGUAAAAGAACCAUCGGGGGAGCUGGGAGCCUGGAAAGGAGCUGUGCUCUGUCUGUGCCAGCCUUCCCUGAGGAAAACACCUUGUAGCUGUGAGAUAGCUCUUCACAGCGUUCUGAAUCAGGGCUUCCCCACGAGAAAUUCCUUAGAAUCAACAAAAGCUAGGAUGGUGCAGCCAUUAUGAUUUUCAGAGUUCAAAGAAAGCCCGCUGUCACUGGCGUGAGCAGCGCCACCACCAUGUGUGUUCAUGGACUGGUCUGAGAAGUCUGGAGAGGAGAACAGUUUCUGGGAGGCAGGAGGCCCUCCUGAAUUCCCAUCCUGAUGGACAGAAUGUGAAGUAACACAAAGCCCUGCUUUCCUGGCUGGUAGGAGUUACUCCUAAAGAUGACCUCUCUUCCCAGUUGUGCUCUACAAAGCUGUUAACAGUGAAUUCAGCUCUCCUCUGUGUCACUUGAUGGAUUUGUUUAUACAGAGCUUGUGUUGCCAUCCACAGUGUCUGAGGUGGCAGGAGCACAUGGGAAGAGGAUUCUCCCUGUCUUUUACAAACCCUUUUCUUUAGCUGUAUCUGACAGUGUAAGAUCUUAAUAAAGUUUUAUGUUCUUUUUGAA